GUGAGGCAGCGCCGGGGCACGGAGCAGCGGGGCCGGGUCGGACAAGUCGCUCGCCCACCGCAGGAUUACUCCCCACCGAGCGGGUGGCGCCGACACCUGGAUUAUACCUCGCCCCGGCUGCGGGGCCACCUGGGCGGCUGGUGCGGCUUUGGGGCACCGCGAGCGCUGUGGUUGCGGCCGCGCAGGAUGGCAGGCGGGCGCCUCGGGGGCUGGACGCUGCUGGUGCUGGUGCUGCUGCUGCUGCUGGGCUUGCAGCAGAGGGCCGCGGGCUCCGGCGUCUUCCAGCUGGAGCUGCAGGAGUUCGUGAACCGGCAGGGCGCCCUGGCCAGCGGCAAGCCCUGCGCCCCGCACUGCCGCACCUUCUUCCGCGUCUGCCUCAAGCAUUUCCAGGCCGUCGUGCUGCCGGGCUCCUGCACCUUCGGCAGCCUCGUCACGCCGGUGCUGGGCGUCAAUUCCUUCAGCAUCCAGGACACGGAGCGCUUCGACAGCCCCAUGCAGCUGCCCUUCAACUUCACGUGGCCGGGCACCUUCUCGCUCAUCAUUGAAGCCUGGCACGCGCCGGCCAACUACCUCCCGCAAGGCUCCCAACCACCGCCUGAGGAUGGGCUGAUUAGCCAGAUGGCAAUCCAGCGCCCGCUAGCCGUGGGUGAAGAGUGGUCACAGGAUGUACAGAGCGGGCCACAGACCCAGCUGCGCUACUCCUACCGUGUCAUCUGUAGCGACAACUACUAUGGCGACAGCUGCUCACGCCUCUGCAAGCGCCGUGACGACCGCUUCGGCCACUACGUGUGCGAGUCCGAUGGCAGCCUGGCUUGCCUGCCUGGCUGGGCCGGCGAGUACUGCACAGAGCCCAUCUGUCUGUCUGGGUGCACUGAACAAAACGGAUACUGCAACAAGCCAGGAGAGUGCAUCUGUCGCCCGGGUUGGCAAGGCCGUUAUUGCGAUGAGUGCAUUCCACAUAUAGGCUGUCGCCACGGGACUUGUAAAACACAGUGGCAGUGCAUAUGUGACGAAGGCUGGGGCGGCCUUUUCUGUGAUCAAGAUCUGAACUACUGUACUCACCACAAGCCAUGCAAAAAUGGAGCCACCUGCAUGAACACUGGCCAGGGCAGUUACACAUGUUCAUGCAAACCUGGUUUCACUGGUGUUGACUGUGAACAUGAAAUCAGUGAGUGUGAUAGCAACCCCUGUCGGAAUGGUGGUAGUUGCACGGAUAUGGAGAAUGGUUACCAUUGCAUGUGCCCACCUGGAUACUAUGGAACUCACUGUGAGCACAGUGCUUUGACUUGUAUUGAUUCUCCAUGUUUUAAUGGGGGCACAUGCUUGGAAAAGGAACAAGGGGCCAGUUACACUUGCCUCUGCCCCCUGGGCUUUACAGGAUCUAAUUGUGAAAAGAAAGUGGACAGGUGCACAAGUAACCCAUGUGCAAAUGGUGGUCACUGCUAUGACUUGGGUCAAAUCCGUGUGUGCCGAUGCCGUGCUGGUUUCUCUGGUCAGAAGUGUGAGAUAAACAUCAAUGAAUGUGCCCGGAGUCCAUGUUCCAGUGGGGGCACUUGUCAUGACCUGAUCAAUGAUUACACUUGCACCUGCUUGCCAGGCUACACUGGCAGGAACUGUGACAUCAAAACCACAGAUGAAUGUGCCUCUGGGCCAUGCCAGAAUGGAGCCACAUGCUAUGGUGGACUUUAUAGUGCCAAUUUUAUCUGUAACUGUCCUUCUGGCUUCAUGGGCAGCCGUUGUGAAUUCCCAGUUUAUACAUUACCUGUUCCAGUUCCUCCCAGACCAGUUCCUUGGAUUGCUAUCUCCAUGGGCGUGGGGCUAGUGGCUUUGCUUGUACUGUUCUGCAUGAUAGCUAUGGUCAUCAGACAGAUGCGGAGGCACCCAGAGCAGGAUCGAGAGACUAUGAACAACCUGUCUGACUUUCAGAAGGAUAAUCUUAUUCCAGCUUCCCAACUAAAAAACACCAAUAAAAAUAAAGACCUGGAGGUGGACUGUGGGCUGGAGAAAUCAAACUACAAACCUAAGAACCAUACACUGGAAUAUAACCUGGUAAAGGAUCUGACAAGCAGAGCGGUGCAGGAGGAUAAAUAUUAUAAAAGUGAAAAGUGUUUGGGAGAGAAAUCUCCCCUCCGAUUACACAGUGAAAAGCCAGAAUGUAGGAUAUCAGCAAUAUGCUCUCCAAGGGAUUCAAUGUACCAGUCUGUUUUUGUGAUAACAGAGGAGCGGAAUGAGUGCGUCAUAGCCACGGAGGUAUAAGGCUGAAGGCAAGCCCAUUUGCACCUCAGAUUAUGCCAGUAGAUGAACAUUCCUGCUGCAUUGUUUACAAUUCAAACUGGAUUGGACUGUUUUUUUUAAUUAUAUGCAACUUGCUGCUCUCAGGAGGAGGAUGGAACUGGGUGAACUGGACAGACUGUGAAUUUUACUGAAAGAUGCAAUACACCUUUGUGCUUUUAAUGCCCAUGUUUGAUGCAAGGAAUGUAACUGGCAAUAGAAAAGGGAGGACAUGGAGAGAGGGAUCAAGCAGGUGGCUUUGCUAGGUUUUUGCCUAAGUUUUUAAAUGAUAUUGAGGCCAGUUCCUCAUGGACAGACCUGUGGCUUUCCAGAACUCCAGUUAUGGGAGGUGCUAGUAGAGGCAGAAGGCACAAAACUAUCACAGACAUUGCUGUAGAAAGCAUUCGUGAAGGAAAAAGAUGUGUUGCUUUGCAGAUCAUGGAUACAGAAUAAACGAGGUCUCCAUUUUUUUUUUUCUGGGUUUAAAAGUGCCUAAAGCAUGUCAGAGAAUCUAGAGAGCCCAAACAGACUCACCUGCCUCCUUUUUUUGCAGUACCUAAACAGUAUUGGGCAGUGGUUGGGGAGUAAGAAUUUCCCUUCUGUUCCUCUACUUACACUCCUCUUCUCCUGCUGCAUGUACUUCAAGAUAUGAGAAGGAAAGGAGGAGAGACCUAGGAUUUACACAUCUCAUCUGGUGAUGCUUUGGAGACCUGGUUGACUCUAGCAGUAGUUGUGAGCCAGGGUUCCAUCUCUGAAAUGAUCGAGGACUAUCACAAAUUUUAAACUGGAGCAGGGGAAAGUGUAAUAACAAAUGCCUGCUGCCUCUUCAUCUUCAAUUAUGAGAAGAGACACAAGUCCAGCCCUAACAGAAAGCCUUACAAAUGCGUUUAAAAUCAAUCAGCUACUGGAACCUACACAAGCUGAGCUGCCUCAGCUGUUUCUUCAUGCCCUUUGCACUACCAGUGAUUGUGAAUAGAACUGACUGUUUUGCUUCCCCUUCUUUAUUCCCCACAGCCCCUCCCUUUUGUGAGGAUUUGGGACUUUGUGGUGUUUUGUGGAAUCUGGUGCCACUUUCAACAGCCUAAUGUCUUAAAGUACCAGCUUUUACUACUUUUAUUUAAAAAAAAAAAAAGGGGGGGGGCAGGGGGGAUCCUUCUGCCCAGUUGCAGAACUGCCUCCUCAUUUCUCCCCCCCACCCCCACACACUGUCCUUCAUCCCAGUUCCAAAUGCCCAAAACAGAAGUGGCCACCAAGAUUCCCCUCUUCAAGGACAGGCCCAGAAUAGAAUUUGGAACUUGUCCUGUUUGUUUCACUCCAACCCACAGCUACAGGGAUAUGGGGAAGCCUGCUCCUUGAUCCAGAGGUGCAGUUGUGAACUGGCAAGUUCAGUGCAGAUAGACUAUCUCCUUCAACAUGCAUACAUUUGCAGCAAUAAUAUUUGACACCCAAUUGGAAAGUCCUGUGAUGUACUCUAAUGAUAACAGGAGCCUGGGGUGGAGCAGACUGAGGAGGGUGGUAACUCAAGGAAACCUGGGACUGUACUUUCUAUAGGACAUCUGAUAUUCCUGCCCUUGUAAAUCCUUAUUGUUGAACUAUUCUGUCAACUGCCUUGAACUGUGCAGGCAAGAACCUGUCAUUACAUCCACUACUGACCUUCUAGUCUGACCACAUAGGACUAUUUUGAAGAUAACCUUCAGAAAUCAAUAAUAUGGUUUUUAGUUUGUCUGUUUUGUAGUUUUAUUUUGAAGCCUAGUAUUUCAUAAUUUAAAAAAAAAUCAGAAGCACUGAACUUUCUACAUUUUAUAACAUUAUUUUGUAUAUAAUGUAUAUUUAUAAUCAAAACAAAAGUGUAAAUAUGUUUAUUACUUCUCAUGUAAUGUUUUUAAUGUGAGGACAAAGUUUGAAUUUUAUUUUUUUUUUCAAACAAUGAAAAUAUCUUCCUGCUACA